AUGCAGUUCCCCAUGGGACCAGCUUGCAUCUUCCUGAGGAAAGGGAUUGCGGAGAAGCAGAGGGAUCGUCCACUAGGACCAGAUGAGAUUGAAGAGCUUCGGGAAGCCUUCCAAGAGUUUGACAAGGAUCGAGAUGGCUUCAUCUCCUGCAAGGACCUAGGGAACCUGAUGAGGACCAUGGGCUACAUGCCAACUGAGAUGGAGCUGGCAGAGCUGGGACAGCAGAUCCGGAUGAACCUUGGUGGCAGGGUGGACUUUGAGGACUUUGUCGAGCUAAUGACACCCAAGCUGCUGGCAGAGACAGCUGGGAUGAUCGGAGUGCAUGAGAUGCGUGAUGCCUUCAAGGAGUUUGAUGCCAAUGGGGAUGGUUCAAUCACCCUGGUAGAACUUCGCCAGGCCAUGCAAAGGCUGCUGGGGGAGCAGCUCAGUGCCCGAGAGAUUUCUGAGGUUGUGCAGGAGGCUGAUGUCAAUGGAGAUGGCACAGUGGAUUUUGAAGAGUUUGUGAAGAUGAUGUCCCGCUGAAGAGGCAUGCCCAAAGUCCCUGUCCUGGCACCAGCCCUUUUCUUCUCCAGGAAAUGCUUGGAAAUCCUGGGUGGGUGGCAUGGGGAGAGCUGGGGCAGGAACCCCUUCCCCCCUACAAACCCUCCUCCUCCCCUGCCCUGGGAUCAGGGGCGUCCAUAGCAUUAUAGGAUCUCAGGAUUUAGAAAUGGACUAGAGCUUAGAGAUGAUUAAAUCCAAUUGCCUCAUUUCAUAGCUGGAAUAAGGAGUAAACCCUGAGAGGGGAAGGAGGGGUCGGUACAAGAUCACACAGUGAGUGACCAGCAAAGCCAGGGGCUGGAGGCCUCCUGAGAGAGCCCAGUGCUCUCUUCAGUGAUGUCACCUGAGAAGGAUGCUCCUUCCCCUCUUCCCACUCUCUUCCUUUCACCCACCCAUAAUGCCCUUUGGGGUUUUGUCUUUCUUUACUCUGAGCCCCAACUCUCACAGAGAUGGAGUUUAAUCCGCAGAUCAGAUUAGCAGCCCUGGCCCUCUGGUUCUUCCUGAGAAAGCUGAUCCUUGGGGAGUUAAUCCCUUGGGGAAAUCCUAGCCCAGAGACAAGUCUCUUGGAUUCCCCCAGCCCCCUCCUGUCAGCCUGGAGUGGCCCCACCUAGAAUUCUGUCCCCUGAGUCUUUCAUCUGGAGAAAUCCAAUCUUCCAAGCUGAGGACUCCAGCUUGCUGUUGACACUGUUGACAUGGAAGGUUAAAAGGUCCUUUCUCUAAUCCAAUUUGUCCCCCUUCUGUUGUGGUCAGGUUCCCCAGUUCUCCAGCUCUGUCUGUUUCUUCUCAUCAGAGUCAUAGAUCUAGAAUAGGAAGGGAAGUCAUUUAGUCCAACAUCUUUGUUUUGGGGCCCACAGAGAUGAAGUAGCUUGUCCAAGGUCACACAGGUCGUAAAUUCUUGGCAGAUGAAGGAUCCAAACAUAGGUGCUUUGACUCCAAAGACAGUGGCCUCUUUGACUUCUGCCACAUUGUUCUCAUCAAGUCAGAAUUUAAAAAAACCCAUUGCAAUUAGCAGUUUAGGAAAAAUGAAUCUGUGUAUGAGAAUCUCUUUAAAGAAGAGAUGAACGUAUCUGGAACCCACACAAAUGCUGAAGUGGAAGAAAAGAUGGUAGAAAGUGAUAUAGCAUCAGCAGAGGUGGGUAGAUCCUCGAAAUAUAGAGCUUGGGAGGGUGCUUACAGAUCAUUCAAUCCCCCCACCUUCCCCAAGUAGGAGACCCUGCUACAUCUUCCUUUCCACACAAAGCUCUGCCACCGUCUGUUUAAAUACCUCUAGUGAUGGGGAACUCACUGUCUCUCGAUUUCAAGCAUGUCCUGGCUUCUUCCAUCUCUAGAACUCCCCUUGACUGGAUGGUUUCCUUGACAGCCUUCUCCACCCCCUUCCCCCAUCUCUCAACCUAGUUUUCGGCUACUGUCUGCCAUGCUACUUGUGAA